AUGACAUUUUGCCUUUUUAUGACGUGCGUGAAGUGAGAGUGGAUGGACACGACUACGAAUUCAUUUCUUCGAUUUCGGCUGCGUACGGCUGUGAAAUUAUAUUUAGUGCAACGAUCACGAUUCACAUGAUAGAAAUUACCAAAUAUACUAACACAAAACACUACAUCGAAGGCGUCGUGACUUAGAUACCGCUCUCUGGCAAAAUGGGUAAAGCUAAGAAGGGAAAGAAGAACCCUACUGCGGACGACGGCGACAGUGAUGUGGAAACCACAAACAUCAAUAACGCGAAGCCGGCACAGAAGGGAAAAAUCAUAUCCCAAGAUACAGAUGAUAGUGAAGACGAAAAACCGAAAGCGAAGGCAAAACAUAAAAAAUCUGUUGAAGAGGAUGUCAAGGAAGUCACAAAAAAUAUUAAGAAUGUUUCAAUCGCAAACAAAUCUCAAAAGAAAAAGGUUGAUGUGAGUAGUGAAGAUGAAUCUGAGGAGGAGAUAGAACGAAAGCCAAAGAAAGGAAAGAAGAAGGAAGAAAAGAAGAGUGCUUUCUCUUUAUUGGAAAUUGAAGAUGCUGAUGUUUCACCACCUGAGGAAGCACCUUCAUCAGAGGACGAGAAACCCGCCCCAAAGUCUCAAAAGAAACCAGCUCAGGAAAAGAAAGAACCAGCAGGUAAGAAAGGUAAGAAGGCAAAAAGAAAGAAGGAUGACAGUGAUGAAGACCUUGAAAAGGUACUUGCUGAAUUAGAAAUGGAAUAUGCUGGUGUCAAAAAAGAGCCAACUCCUCCAGCUCCUGAAGACGAAAAACCUCAAGAUGUAGUAGAGGAAAAGACAAAAUCAAAGAAAAAGGGCAAAAAAGAAGAACCUAAAACAGAGCCUGAGAAGGAAAAUGAAGAAAAAGAGGGUGGAAGUGAUAAUGAAAAUGAUAUCACGAUAAAGACAGCUGCACAAAAAAAGAAAGAGAAAAAGGAAAGGGAGAAAUUAAAGAAACAAGAAGCCAAGAAGAAAGAACAAGAAGUUAAAAAAGAUGGUGGUGAAACUAAACCAAAAGCUGAAAAAGUAGAAUCUAAGCCUAUUGAAGAACCAAAAGAUGAAGCCAAAGCCCCUUCAGAAGAAAAGGAUGGAGAGGGUGAUGCACCAACUACUGAAGGAAAGAAGAAGAAAAAAGGUGAGAAGGAUAAAGAUGAUAAAGGCAAGAAAGGUCCAACAAAGAAGACUAUUGCUGCCAUGCAAGAAGCAUUAAAGAAAGUGAAAGAGGAGGAGGAACGCUUGAAGAAGGAAGAAGAGGAAAGACUGAAACAAGAGGAAGAACGAGAGCGUCAGAGAUUAGAAGCAAUUAGGUUAGAAAAGGAAAGAAAAGAGAGGAAAAAGCAGAAAGAAAAGGAGAGAAAAGAAAGACUAAAAGCUGAGGGGAAAUUGCUAACCCCCAAACAGAAAGCAGAGAAAGCAAGGGCGCAAGCUAUGUUGGAGUCUUUGAAGGCGCAGGGCAUUGAAAUUGGAUCAGCCGAAAAGAGACCUCCAAGGCCUGGCACCAGAGUUAAGCCAGGUAGAUUAAAAAGCCAAGUGUCACAAGAUGCCCCUUCAACACCUUCUGAAGAAAAGAAGGUUGAAUUGGGAACAACUGACAAGAAGGAGGAUACUCAAAAACCAGCAGAGAAAAAGGAAUCAGACAAUGAUUCUGUUAAGGAUGCAUGGGAUGCGGAAUCUUCUGAAGAUGAAGCAGAACCACCUAAACUGGAGCCAGAACCUGUACAGGAACAAAAGAAGGUUUCUUCUGAAGAUAAAUCAAAGGAGGCAGCAGAAGAGGAGGAAAGUUCUGAAGAAGAAGAUGAGAGCUCAGAUGAAGACUCAAGUUCUGAAGAAGAUUCUGAGGACGACCAGAUGACUGAUGUGCAAAAGAAACGGGAACUUAUCCUAAAGAGAUUAGAGAAACGCCGCGAAGACAACGAAGCGAACAAAGGCAACAAUCCUCUGCGCGCGGCCGUUGUUUGUGUACUUGGUCACGUAGAUACGGGCAAGACCAAGAUCCUCGACAAGUUGAGACGCACCAACGUACAGGAUGGCGAGGCUGGAGGUAUCACGCAGCAGAUUGGUGCCACUAAUGUUCCUAUUGAGAAUAUUAAGGAACAAACUAAACAUGUCAAAGGGGUGAAUGAGAUUGCCUUCAAGUUGCCUGGUCUGUUGAUCAUUGACACACCCGGUCACGAGUCCUUCAGUAAUUUGAGGAACAGAGGAUCAUCUCUUUGCGAUAUUGCUAUUCUUGUAGUAGACAUAAUGCACGGUCUUGAGCCGCAAACCAUAGAGUCAAUCAAUCUGUUGAAACAGAAAAAGACUCCGUUCAUAGUGGCUCUGAACAAGAUCGAUCGUCUGUACGACUGGCAGAGUGCCCAGCGUAAGGACGUGCGCGAUAUACUCAAGUUGCAACAGCCUAAUACUCAACUGGAGUUCGAGAAACGCAGCAAGGAUGUUAUGCUGCAGUUUGCUGAGCAGGGUCUGAAUGCAGCUCUGUUCUACGAGAACCCGGACCCGCGUUCCUACGUGUCGCUGGUGCCGACGUCGGCGGUGACCGGCGAGGGUAUGGGCAACCUGCUCGCCAUGAUCGUGCAGGCGUGCGAGGGACCAUUGCAUAAACGACUCGUGUUCUCCAACCAACUGCUUGCCACAGUGCUUGAGGUGAAAGCGAUCCCUGGUCUGGGCACGACGAUCGACACGAUCCUGAUCAACGGCACGCUGCACGAGGGCGACACGAUGGUGCUGGCGGGCACGGACGGCCCCAUCGUCACGCAGAUACGUUCCCUGCUCAUGCCGCAGCCCAUGAAGGAGCUGAGAGUGAAGAACGCGUACAUCGAGCACAAAGAAGUGGUUGGAGCGCAGGGGGUGAAGAUCGCAGCCAAGGAGCUGGAGAAAGCCAUCGCUGGUCUCAACCUGCUCGUGGCUCAGAAACCGGACGAAGUCGACGUGCUCAAGGAGGAGGUGGCCCGCGAGCUGAAGUCCGCGCUGUCGUCCAUCAAGCUGUCGGAGCGCGGCGUGUACGUGCAGGCCUCCACGCUCGGCUCGCUCGAGGCCUUGCUCGAGUUCCUGCGCACCAGCAAGAUCCCCUACUCCGCAAUCAGAAUAGGUCCCGUGGUGAAACGUGACGUGAUGAAAGCGUCCGCCAUGUUGGAACACGAUUCGCAGUACGCGACUAUAUUGGCGUUUGAUGUCAAGAUUGAGCGCGACGCCCAAGAGUUGGCGGACCAGCUCGGCGUGAAGAUAUUCGCGGCGGACAUCAUCUACCACCUGUUCGACAAGUUCACCGCCUACCGCGAGGAGCUCAAGCAGCGCAAGCGCGAGGAGUUCAAGCACAUCGCAGUCUUCCCCUGCAAGCUUAAGGUGCUGCCGCAGUUCGUGUUCAACUCCCGUGACCCGAUCGUGGCUGGUGUCAUGGUGGAAGCUGGUAUCGUUAAGGAGGGUACACCAAUUUGUGUGCCCAGCAAAGAGUUUGUGGAACUGGGCCUAGUGACGUCGAUCGAGGUGAACCACAAGCAGGUGGAGACGGCGCGCAAGGGCCAGGAGGUGUGCAUCAAGAUCGAGCCCAUCCCCGGCGAGUCGCCCAAGAUGUUCGGCAGACACUUCGACGAGACUGAUAUGCUAGUCAGCAAGAUAUCCCGUGCCAGUAUCGACGCGUGCAAGGACUACUUCCGCGAUGACCUCAUCAAGACCGAUUGGCAGCUCAUGGUGGAGCUGAAGAAGUUGUUCCAGAUCCUCUAACAGGCUCGCGCGUUUGGAUCUCGCCAAGCUCUCCGCCCUCAUAACCACGUAGAUGUAUUGUCAGAUAUGCUUUGUCUGUUCCAUCUAACAAUAGUUCAUGUCCGUUUAUUGUAUCAUUGAAUCUCAUGAUAUCAGUUUUAUAAACAUUUUUAACUCGAUUAAAACUUAUGCAAUGUGUUGGAUAAUGUCAAUUGAUCGCCGCGUCCGCAUUAGUUUCAAUAUUUGCAACUGCCAUAAUCGUAUAACCUAUUUUAAUUGUACCCAUUUAUGAUAUAAUACAAAGGUAUGUUUUGAAAUACAUUGUAAAUAUAACAUUUUACACAUAUUUAUUUAUUUUAACCGGAGCGUUAUUUUCAAUAUUAUAUUUAGCGAGUGUUUGGUUAUGGACACGAUCAUGAAAAAAUAAAUUUCCGUUAACAAGUUCAUUUGUAAAUACAUAUUCAUAUGAAUUAUUUGCAAUAAUCUUGUAGUUUUGAUGUAAAUAUAUCAGAAUUCCCAUGUUGUGUCGUGUAGCAGUGCAAUAAACGAUCUCGUGUUAUGAGCGUAACUUGCGGCAAUAUCGGUGAUGGUGCUUCUCUCGUUGUCUGAGUUUGGUUCGUUUGAUGUCAGUGUUGGAGGUCAGUGGGGAACUCCCAUAAGCAGGAAAAGGCGUAGGUAGUUAAAAAUAUCGACCUAUUGGACCUCUGAACAAUUCCCUACCCCAUUAUCGUGUUAGAUUCUCUAAUCUUUUGUAUUUUUAUAACUAAACGAACAUACUCCUAGAAUAUCACUAGCCGACCCACCGCUGGUUCCUUGACAUACCGGAAUCCUGUCCCACCUCAAAGCUUGAUGUACUAACAUAUAUUACUGAUUUUGGGAUUAGUGUGUUUCCAAUACCAUGCAGUAGUAGGUCUCUUCACUUGCAAUACGUUGACUGCCAUUCCUUUCGAUCUUAUUGGAUCAUUUAUAUCUUUAAUAUUUAUUAUAAGAUAUAUUAAGACCCGCAUAUCACUACCUACGCCUAAGGGUUAGUGCACAUAGUGGAUUUUUCAAUCAUAAAAACUUUAUGUUUAGGUGAUUUUGUAUGAUUAUCGCGGGUGUGCGCCGACCCUAAUCUGUAAGCUGAGGUCGUCUAUUGUACGGAAUUUGUAUAUUUUUGUUAGAAGCCGCUGGUCUCCCUUCCAUGCUUGGAUCAUAGGGAGUGGACCUUGGAACGCGUGUCCAUUGUCGAUAGCAGCUGGAGGUUGUAUUUUGUAUUACGUAGGUAUUUUCCCUUUUUGAAAUGCUUUGUAUUAUAUAGAUGGAAUCGGACAUAUUCUUAUAUUGAAGAAGUUUUAUUAAAUUAUAGAGUAAUA